UUGUUUGUUGAUGUCUAUCGAGGGCAUGUAAUAACUCUUAAUUUUCGUAAUAUAUUUUGUUGCCCGAGAAAGGUUGUCUUCCGAAAGACGAACAGGGGUUCAUCUUCUAUCUUCAUGGUGGUUUAGUUUCGUUUGGACGUGAGAGGACCCCAAAAAAACUACCAGGAUGUCGACCAUUACAAGCUCCAGUCGUUCCGAGAUGGCAAAGAUGUCAGAGAGAAAAAUGGUGACAAUGGAUGUAAAGCUGGAAAACAGACUGAACAUCAAAGAUCUGGAGGCCUUACAAGAAGCUUUCAUGGCUGAAGGGGACGGCUAUGACAACAAACUUACCUUGACAAAGGAUCAGUUUUGUGUUGCACUCUCCAAGAUUUUGACAAAGGGAAGUCAUGAGGAGUUUGCAGAAUUGUUUGACAAGAUUGACGUGACAAAGGAGGGUUAUGUAGACUGGGAUAAGUUUGCGUCUCAUAUGCUGCUGGAGUUUUACGAGAAAGACGACCGUGUCAAAUCCACACAGGUUCCACAGUGGAAAGAUCUUAGGACUUUGCCAAGCCCUCACAAAGAAAUCAUCCAGAGUGUGUCAUACUUGAAGAACACAUCACGUUAUAUUGCAAUCAGCAAGGAAGGCUGUGUGUCCAUGUGGGGUAACAACAUGAGAAUCCAGAGGGUGCUGAAAACUGGGACGGACUCUUGUAAAGCCAGAGACUUGUGGGUCACUCAUUUUGUCCCCCUGCAGAACAUCAACAAGAUAGCACUGUCCUUCACCAGCAAGGAGAUAGCCUUUUACGACCUGAGCACAAAACUGGAGUUCAAUUGUCAGUACAAAGUACAAGGCUUGGAAUACACUCCUCUCUGUCUGGAUUACUGGAGCAACCCUAACAACGUGAACGAAGCCAUCAUAGUUUGGGGAGACACAGGGGGCUAUGUGAACGCUCUCCACUUUACAUCUGUGAACAUUGCCUUGUUUGAACGGCCACCUGCUCCAGCUGGGGAGAAACAAGAGCCUUGUUUGAAUGUGCAACUCCAUGACAUCAUCAAAGGCGUCUACAAGAACGCGAUGUUCAACCGUUACCAGGGUCAUACGGAGUGGGUGAGAAGAGUGAAGUACUCUCAGCAUCUGGAGUGCUUUGUCAGCUGUGCCACCACAUGGGACAACUCUGUUGUGAUUGGCUGGAUGGAGAAACACACAUCUGUCAAUCAGAGCAACAGAAUGACGACAUUCCAGAUUUCACAGGGCGUCAACGACUUUGAUUACCAUGACAGCUUAAAUCUGAUUGCCACAGCUGGUGUCAACCAUCAUGUGUGUCUGUGGAAUCCGUAUGUGGUCUCCAAACCUAAUGGAGUGUUGCGUGGUCACAUGGCCAGUGUGGUCCAGGUACAGUUCAACCCCAGCAGAGGUCAGCUCAUCAGUUUCUCCAAGGACAAAGUGCUCAGGAUCUGGGAUGUCCAGUUACAGGUGUGCAUUCAGAGGCUGGCCGGCAUGUUCCCUAAAGGACCAGAAGUGUAUAGCACUCUUUACUUUGACGAAGGACGGAACCGACUGUUCAUCACUUUCAAUUAUCAGCUAACAGUGCUGGAAAUGAAAGCGGAGAUCAAAGAUCGAACUCUGAGUCACGAGAAGCCUGUGAUUGGUGCAAUCUACAACUCCGUCUAUAACCAGGUGGUCAGUGUGUGCCAGACUGGUACCUUGGUCAUGUGGAUGGUGGACACAGGUCAAAAGGUCAAACAGUUUCACAAGAUCCAUGGUAACAAUGAAGUGACGAGUUUGACCCAGGACCCUAGUCAAACACGACUCUUCACUGGCAGUACGGAUGGCACCGUCAAGAUGUGGGAUUUCAACGGCCACUGUUACCACACGUUGGAAUGUGCUGGAGGUCAGCCUGCAGACGUGGGUCAGGUUGUCGUCCUUAAGAGAUGUGUUCUGGCCAUCGGCUGGACCAAGUCCAUCUGUAUCUUCAGGAACAAUAACUUUAAGGAUUAUCAUGUGCAACCUGCGGACUGGAAGGGAGGGCAGGAGCAUGCUGAAGACAUUUUAUCCGCAUCCUUCCAAGGCCCAAAUCUCAUAGCCACUGGAUCAUACGAUGGGGAAAUCGUGGUGUGGAACAUGAACUCUGAACAGGCAUCACGUCACAUGGCGCACAGGUCACGACGCGGACAGAAGAUCAGAGGGCGCACAUUCCUAACAGCGAAAGAGACCAGUGGGACGUCAGACGGAGGGUAUGACAGCCACGCCCACCCGCCCCAGAGUCAGGGGAAUACCCGCCCCAGGUCCCGAGCCUUGUCACGUGUGUCUGAGGGCAGCUCUGAUGAACAGAAUGAGUUUGGUUGGGCUGUGGCCAAGCUUGUGUUUCUGGAGUCAAGGAAAGGUAACUCUGCAAGUGGAGGAGCCAACCUUGUGUCGUGUGGAGGGAAUGGUUGGGUGAGAUUCUGGAAUACAUCACACAGCACACUGCUGGCUGAGUUUGUUGCUCAUACACACGCUGGCAGCAUCAUUAUGGCCACAGACAAGAACAACCAUUACCUGGUUACUGGGGAUGUAGACGGUAACAUCAAGGUGUGGGACAUCACGGAGUACUGUCUGCAUUACAACGAGGACCUGGUCACCACUCUGCCACCACUCAAGUCCCAGUUCCAGCCUCACAUUGACAUGAUCAACACACUGGAAAUCUGCGAACGGAAUGAACGUCUUGUGAUCCUGUCAGCCUCAUCCGACUGCAGUGUUGCAUUGUGGGAUGUUUAUGGGAACCAGAUUGGUGUGUUUGGACAGGAAGAACAUUGGAAGAUUGAGCCGUACAUUCCCCCCAGUGAAGAUGAAGUCGAUGUCGUGGAGGAGGAGAAAGAGGAGGAACCUGAGGCAGUGCUAGAGCCUGUGAUUGACAGUGGGUGGGAACCUGAUGAAAGAGCUAUCAAUGACCCUGACAACUACAGAGUGAACACCUGGGAGUCUACACUCUUAGGUAAGGAUUACCAGGAGCUACGUGUGAAGAAGCGAGUCCGGCGUCAGCCAAACACCAUCCCUAAUCUUCCCUAUUUGCACGGAGAGAGGACAGGACAGCCUCCUGCAGGACCCUACUCUGCUCUGGAUACAGCUGAACUGGCCCAGGUACAGUCACUAGUCAAACCUGAUGCGGAGAAAUACUUUCUGGAUCGGCCCAUCAGCUCUGAGGAGGUCGUGCAGAAGUUACCUGCCCUUGCUGAAUCUUUAAAAAGUGCCUUUGAUGAGAAAUCUCUGUUCCCACGCUACCUGCUGGAGUUUGAAACAAAGAUGAAGAGCUACCACGAGGCCACGCUAAAUGCUGAUACUAACACUCAAAAGACACUGAAAGCGCGUGGUAGCUUCCAGAACAUCGGACUCCAGCUGGGUGGGUCACAGAAAAACACGCCCUCACCCCUCAGGAAACACAACCGCUCUGUGAAGCUCAAACCCAUCCCCAUGGGGUCGAGGCGUAGUUCCAUCAUCGGAGAUUGAAUAGUGGUGGAGAUGUUGGGGAGAGGUUUGUCUGAUCAUGGGACGGUAAGAGGAUUUCUGGCCGCCAUGGAGAGUUGGAAUCAUGGAGAUGAUAAAAUUCCAAAAACUGCCACAUGGUUAUAUUCAACACCUGGCUGAAUCAGCGUGGCUUGUUAAACACACCCAGAAUUUGGGGAUUUAUGUUGUUACUGUUACGGUCACCUGUAAAGCACCAGAAGCCGAUUCCACAAAGACAUUUCUGACUUAAGUCAAAAUUUAAAAUGUUGUCACAGUGCUUAGUUUUUUGUUUUACAAGUUGGAAUUUUUGACACAUAUCGUCUUUACAUAACAUUGAUGGGGUAGUCAAAAGUUCAGUUUUACAGGGCUUGAAAAUAAGCUCUGAAAUCACAUUUGGGUAAGUCAGAAAUGGCUGUGUGGAAUCAGUCUCUGUACCUGGAGCGUGUGUAGGCUGUAAUAGAUCUUUGUUAAAGAUGAUUUCCUUUAACCUUUAAUGGGAAGAAUUUGAAACAGCGAAAUUUGUAUGCACAGGAUGGGGAACAGUUCAACAGGGUCAGUCCAUGGCUAAUCCGUGUAUUUUGUUCUGUACACCCAGAAUGUGGGGGUUUUAGGUUAGUACCAUUUGUGAAGAAUUUAAACACAGGGUGCCGCUCAGAAUUUGGGCUUUUUCGUUGGUACUGUUUCCUUCAUGAUGAAUUUGAACAAAAGAUGGAAAGAGCUUGACAAGGUCAGUGCUUGGCUGUAUAUCAUACUAGAAUUGCUGUGAAAGGCUGAAAUAUUCAGGUCCCGGCCUCCUCCCAAUGUAAUGUUUAUAUACGGUCAUUGUAUAAGUGAAAUAUUCAGGUCCCGGCCUCCUCCCAAUGUAAUGUUUAUAUACGGUCAUCGUAUAAGUGAAAUAUUCAGGUCCUGGUUUCCUCCCAAUGUAAUGUUUAUAUACGGUCAUCGUAUAAGUGAAAUAUUCAGGUCCUGGUUUCCUCCCAAUGUAAUGUUUAUAUACGGUCAUCGUAUAAGUGAAAUAUUCAGGUCCUGGUUUCCUCCCACCAUAAUGCUUGCCACCGUCGUGUAAGUGAAAUAUUCUUGAGUAUCCAUGAUUGACCUCCACUGAUGACGUCAUAGUUUACUGUAAACCAGGUAUUUACUGUGGCAGUACCUCAGUUAUGCAGA